AUGGCACAAUCAUCAUCAUCAUCAAUCAUCAUGCCCAUGCAAGACUACGUCCAGCUUCUGUUACAAGCCAAAAAUACUGGCAUUAAUGUUCAAAGUGGUCAAAAAGUGGCAAAGAAAUGUGCAUCAACACCUCAGAUGCGAAAGGUGAUUGCUGCUCGUAAGCUUUUACAGCGACAAUAUACACCAGUCAAUUCAACGGCACCGACAUCAUCAUCAUCAUCAUCAACAGCAGCACCAGCAACAACAACAACAACAACAACAGCCGGUGGAAUUCGAUCAAAAAGCACAACUGAUCCAUUAUCAAUAACAACUGGUCAAAAACGAAAAGCAAUUGGUGAAUACCAGAUACCAAAGAAGUAUCGGUAUUACUCCAGAGAAAACGUGGUCGAUCAAGAAACGUUUUCGAAGUGCGUCGAUAAAGCUUGGGAGAAAGCCGAAUUACCACCAGCACGAACCAACGAAGAACUUGAACGUCGUCGUGAAUUGACGGCGUACUUUCUAGAUUAUUAUCUAGAAGACGCUAUCGAGCGAACAGCUCACGAAUUGACACGUCGUUUUUUUUAA